AUGACCUGCACAUACGGCCCCUUCCCGCCCUCCUCCUCCCUCUCCUACCUCCUCCCCAGACAACCUUCCUCGAACUACCCCCACCGCACCCGCUCCCUCGCCCUCGGCGACGGCACCGCCGAGCUCACCAAGUUAUCCCGCGACCUCGUCAAAAGCUUCAACGCCCGCGACUUCUCCCGCGCCUACGCCUACACCUCUCCCAAGUUCCACGCCCGCCACAACAAUCUGGCCGUCGAGCUCGACAGAGAUGAACACUUUGCGGCGUACAAGAUGAUGUUGACAGCGAAUCCGUCCUGGAGGAUGGAUGUGGCGCUGGAUCAUGCGGAGGUGGAUUUGAUUGCGGGGCAGGCGCUGGUGUGGAUUUUUGUGAAGAUUAGGGGGGAUGUGGAGGGGGUUAGUAGGGAUAGUUUGGGGCUGUUGCAUUGGGUUCGGAGUAAAGAGGGUGUUUGGGAGGUGGUGUAUCAUUGUGGGUUUAGGAGUUGUGGGGGGUUGAUUUGA